AUGCGGUCAAUACGGACAUGGAAACCAAAUAUAAAACUUAUUUCUGCUUUGACACGGAAAUGGAAAAUAAAUAUCAAACUUAUUUCUACUUUGACAGUGCUUCUGUAUCUGCAAGGAGCGCUAGUUCUUCUUUCUCCCUUUGAAAGCGAAGAACUGGGUUUCAACCCUAACAUUAACGCCGCCAUACUAAACAACUAUGAUCAGGAAAAUUUGUUGGUAUCAAUUAAAGAAAAAGUACAAGAUUUGUUUCACCACCUUCCUUAUCAAGUUGAACCAGAGUCCACAGUGUAUAAAAGCUGUAUUUUUGAUGGUGAAAUGCUUGUAAAAAAAGACGAUCUCAUUAGGAAAAUCUCUAUUCAAAAUCAAUUAUUUCUAUCUACAAAGAAAAUCCCUCUUGUUGAACAAGUGAAAGGGCUUCAAAAUAUAUGUAUGCUUGUCCAGGAUAAAAAUAAGGAAGUUUCAACUAGUCGGUGGAUCGCACUAAAGAAAAUUAUCAAGCAUUCUGGCAAGAACAAAAUAUUUAUUGUUGGAAAUGGUCCCAGUCUUAAAAAAACCAACCUCAAUCUUUUGAAAAAUGAAAUAACCAUUGGUUUUAAUAGUAUUUUCCUUCAGAAUGACUUCAUACCCACAAUUUAUGUGGUGGAAGAUCAUCUAAUAGCAGAGGAUGGAGUCAAAGAAAUUGAAACUUUUACUGCUCCAGUGAAAAUAUUUCCAUCAUAUCUAGGAUAUUGUUUGCCAGUUCAAGAAAACACUAUCUUUAUCAAUCAUAUACCUCAGACUAGUUUCCCAGUGGAUAACGACUUGUCUGAUAAUGUAGGUGCUCACUCCUAUGCAGCUGGAACAGUUACAUAUACCGGAAUGCAAAUUGCAGUUUCACUAGGUUUCAAAAACAUCUUUCUUGUUGGAGUUGAUGCAACCUACAAUAUAAAUAAUACUGAUCGGAAUAUAGCAAACAGCAUUGAUGUAAUGACAUCUAAUUCACCUGAUAUCAAUCACUUGAACAGUGAUUAUUUUAGAGAGCGCUUUCAUUGGCAUAAUCCAAAUGUGUAUAGAAUGCUUCAAGCAUUUAGAAAAUUUCGAUUGUAUUCAGAUUUGAAAGGUAUACAAAUUAUGAACGCAGGAGUUGGAGGGCAAUUGGAGGUUUUUCCAAGAGUCAACUAUACAAAAGCUAUUCACGGUGAAGCUGUUCAGCAAUAUUUAGAUCCCCGCGUAGCAAUUUUAGAUUAUAUCUACCUUGGUCACCAGUCUCCAACAGGACAACUGAAGAAAGCAAUGUUUCAAGGGUGGGACCUGAAUAGUCUCUUUACAAUACAUUGCAAUGAUCUAGACUAUGAACAUAUUUCAGCUUUUCAUCAGAUACCAUAUGACUAUUAUGUUCCUGAAAUGAAUGCGACAGGUGUUUUUGGAGGUUUAAGAAGUUUGAUUGAAUUUAAUCCUGAUUUGCUAUAUGUUCACCCGACUAGUGACAAACACAUAAUGACAAUAUUUCAGAUUGCUACACUGCUUAUUCUCAAAAAGCCAUUUGUAAUUCACUAUAUGGAUGACUUGCUGGGCAAAAUUGAAGCAAUGGGAAAUACAAAGCUCACAACUAUUUAUCAGCGUGUUAUGAAUUUUUUUUUCAACAAUGCAAGACUUGUUUAUGUCAUUUCAGAAAAGAUGCUUCAAUAUAUGGAGAAAAAUUACGGAAUUGCUCAAAAUCGCAUGCAAAUUGCUCACAACUAUGUCAAACCAGAAAAAAUAUUCAAGACAAAACAAAAACAAAACACUUUUAAAACGGUACGUUAUGUGGGUGCUCUGGCAUCAGAUACAAACCUAAAAACGGUGCAGCAAGUUGCUCAAGCAGUAGAAAGUCUUGCAAAUAUGGGAUUACCAGUACAAUUCUAUAUAGUUACAAGACGAGGUUACAAACACCACAAACCAAGCUUUGCAAUUUUUAAGCACACAACAUUUAUAGAACAAUUUGAUAGUGAAGAUAUCUAUAUGUCACAUUUGGCUAACUCUGAUCUCAAUCUGCUUUGCUAUAACUUUGAAAAUAUAACAGUCAAAUAUCUCAAAUAUUCGCUUGCCAACAAACUUGGUGAUAUUGUCUCGGUUGAAACACCUUUUGUUGCCAUAGGUCAUCCUGAAGUUGGCACAAUGUCCUUUUUACAGAGUAGAGAGUAUCCCUUGCUAGUUCUGAAAAGUGAAACAAGAGGCAUUGAGGAUAUAAUUGCUCGGGUUCUUUUCAAUCCUUCUUUAAUUGAAAAUAGACAAUAUCAAAUGUCACUGAAAAAAAUCAGAUUUGACAUGAGCGCCAGCAAACAUCGUGAUUCUUUUCAAAAAGGACUUCGUGAAGCGAGUAGCCAUCAGCUAGAAGAGAUUUCUGCUCAAGAAGAAAAAAAUCUUAUUGAUGAUAUUAAAUCUCUGUGGAGUCUAGUUCCAACAAAAGAUAGAGUAAGCUAUAUGAGCCGAAAUUAUCUAUUACUGAAUAAACUUUUGUGCAUUUCUAAUAGUAUUCUUGAGGUAGUAUUGGAUAGAAUAAAACAACAUGGAAUCUCAUGGCAUUUUCAAGAAUUGGAGCCUGCUGUGAAAUCAAGAAUUGGUACAAAUUUAUCUAUGGACCAAGAAGCUGAUCAAUUAGCUUUUUUAAUAGUCUCGUUGGGUCAAAUAGAUGCUGUAUUUGGAUCAACAAACAAAAUGAUACUGAAAUACUUGUACUUGGACUCCAGCUGUAAAAGAUAA